AUGAGGGAGAGGGAAAGUAGAAUCGAGGAGAAUUUCGGGAAGGGAAGUGUGAUUUGUUGCAUCCUAAAAGGACUGUUCAAUGACGUUACAGUGCAAAUCAGUCUGACUGGGGUGCCAAUUAACUUAAUGGGUGGAGGCCUACCAACCACUUAUGUCUUGGAGCAAAUUCAUGUUCACUGGGAAGCAGAGCACACAAUCGAUGGUGUUAGAGAUGCCAUGGAAUUACAUUUCGUCCAUUAUGACAAAGAAUUCGCAAAUGCUACUUCAGCCUCGAAAUAUCCAAAUGGAAUAGCUGUUGUUGCAGUUCUCUUUGAGUUGAGCAAUAAGAACAAUGAAGAUCUCAAAACCAUUUUGAAAGCUGUUGAAUUGACGUCAAAUUGGGUUGGACCCAAUACAGCAAUGAUCCAAUCAAAAGUGGUCCCUGCUCUCCUCUUGCCAAAGGAUCGUACAACUUUCUACCGAUACGAAGGAUCUUUGACAACUCCCGGAUGUCAAGAAUCUGUCAUUUGGACUGUCCUGACAGAAAAGUUGACAGUUUCAGAAUCUCAGUUAAAUAUUCUGAAACGUGUCGAAUCCAGUCACGGAGAUUUAAAAUUUAACCAUAGACCAGUUCAAGAAUUGGGGAUGAGAGACGUUUAUCAUCACAUGGAAGGAUAUUCCUCCUCACCCUCCCUUAUUUCAAAUUUACCAGUCACAAUUUUUAUCAUUUUUAUAGCUAGAAUUAUGACGACUUAAAAGAAAAAUAUAUCUUUCCGAUAUCAAAAAGUUCUAUUUUGUGUCAUACUCUUGUAAAAUAUUUCUUUUUUAUUUUAUGACACCCUGAAGUUGCCAUUAUCAUCUUUAUUUUCAUUUUCAUCAUCCUAGUAACAUUAUCAUUACUUCCAUUGAAUCGUAUUAUUAAUUCCGAUCAACCCAUUUUACCAUUUCUUAUCCAGAAAUCAACCCAAAUGUCUUGUACCUCCUACAUUUUUUCUGCUCUUAUUACUGCAAUACCUCACGAUCAUUUUGAGGGCAAAAUAAAAAAUACUGAGGACCGUUCCCGAAAAAAAUCAAUUUUCUAUUUGGGUGUGGAGGGGUUAUUGAGUAAAGUUUUGUGGAAAUAACGCUUAGUGCUGAGUUAUUAGCAUCAACUCUUUAUUUUGAUACUAAAAAAGGCUCCAUGUUAGGACGUAUCGGAAAAAUAAAGUCCUUCAUUCGCAGUUCUACUAAAGAUGAAUACUUUUUUGCUGAAAGUUAAAAAAUCCCAUUCAAAAUUUAAAUUGAAAAAAAACCUUCUGUUUCCGCAUCGUAGACAUAGUCGAAAAUUAAUAAACGCAACACAUUUCUUGGAUUUGCAGCAUACAAAUAUUUAUUGUGACAUCUAAGUUACAAAAACAGUUCGGAGUAAGUGAAAUUUUACUUGUACAACAGUAAUGCCAUUUAAAUAUUUUUACCGUGCCUAAAUGAUCUUGAAAUAUUACAAAAAUAUUUUAAUUUUUCGGUUUUUUCUUAGAGAUGUAUCAAUUUUUUUCAUCUUAACCAUUGGAUGUGCGGCAUAUGGUAUCGGGAUUAUAUUUUAACGUAUUGCGAUAGUAAUAUAAGAAACAAUCAAUCUUAAGAUAAUUAGUAUUCAUUUUUAGUUACAAUAAACUAUCUAAAAAUUACAUAUUGUUCUUUAUUCCACGAUCAAAUGAAUUUUGGGGGUCUAAAUGAAGUAAAAAUGUUUUUUCCAGUAUAUCUAAAUUUGUGUCUGUAUAAUGAAGAAUUUAUUUAAAACUUAUUUUUUCUAAUAGCCCUUAAAAUCUGAUAAGAAAUUUAAUGAACAUUAUUUCAAUGUGUUUCUCAAACUCGAGGCACAAAUUUAUGUGCAAUAUAAAACAUUUUCAAACAAUUCAGACACCAACCAUUUAUUGUCGUGAAAUAAAAAAACAAGAUUUCAGUUUUAAAGAAAAUAGCGAAAAGUUCGAUUUUUAAAGAUUUUUUUAAUUGUAUAUAUUCACUUGUAUUGGUGACUACGAUGUGAAGACAGGAGGAAUUUUUUCAUUAAACUUAUUAUAUGCUAAACAUUUUGCGAUUACCAAAUUGGGGUAAAAUUUACUGCAGAAGUAAAAGAAAAUAGAACAUUGCAUGGUCAAUAGUUUAGGAAAUAUAACUGGCGGAAUUUAAUUCUUAUCGAGAAAUUUGUUUGACUACAGUUAUGGUUUCCUGAAUAAAAUUUUCUUUUAUGGAACUUUCAUGAAUGUGAAGUUUUUUUCGAAAUUUCUUACUUAUGCUUCUUUUUUAUUCUUUUGAGAUCAGUUUCUCACGUCGAAUAAAGCAGAAGCAAGAAAUUAAAGAAAACAUAAUUUAUAUAUGUUCCAUAAAAUUGACUUAAAACCAUUUUUAACUACAGUGCACAGAAAUUGCGUUUUUUUAGGAAAACCAAAAUCAAAAACCUUUUUCUUAAAAUUUUUUGAUAAAAAUUAAGUUUCGACAGCUAUAUCUGCUAAACUAUGGGAGGUAUAAUAUUCGAUUUGUUUAUAAUUUUGCAAGGAACUUCAUGCCCCUCAAUUGUAUUCAACAUUUGGAGUCUUUUUUAAGAUAUCAACAUAAAGAGUUUAUGCUACUAAUUUAUCACUACAGUGUUACUUUCACAAAAAUAUAACCCCUCCCUCCCCAUAUAAAAAAUCCGAAUAACGAGAAGAGUAAGAAACUGGAAAGUGCAAGACCUUUUGGGUUGAGUUCCAUAAAAGCCAAACUGAGCUAAAAUCAAAUAGUCAUAUGCAUUUUAAAAUCCAUAUUUUUGUAGAUUUAGUUUAUAAUUAAAGAAAAUAAUAUACUAUGCAUGCAAAAAAUGUUGUGAAUCUGUAUAUUGAUGAAAGUAUGAACUAUGAAGUGUUCGAACAAAUAAAGAUUUUAUCAGCGUUUUCAGAUACUGUUUAAAAAAUAUAAAUAGUGUUAUAUUUCUCGUUCUGUACAGUUAUUACUCAGUUUAUUCACAUAUUCUUG